GCCCUCCUCGGCUCCGCCGCAGCUCACACAUGGCCAGAACGGACCACCCGUCUCGCUCCAAACGGGACCAUGGUUGGCAACCCUGGCUUUGAGAGGUCUCACCAUCCGCGCGGAAGUCUUGACGAAAACAAGCAAGUGUGGCUUUUGCCUCCAAACGGGGGGGCCAAGGUCUUUUUAUCCGACGCCAAGAUUACCAGAGAGGAUCAGAGGACGCUCACCGACUCGAGCUAUUCCAAAGAUUUCCCCAUGCUCAACGUUGCACCGGGCGAUUUUGUCGCCAUUCAGUACACGGAAAACGGCCACGUUACGAGGUCCGAAAGCAUGCCAAACCAACCCAGACCAGUUAACCGUGGCACCGUCUACGUAUAUGGCACCACGGAAAACGACCUCUCCAACUCCAACCUGAUCGACAUCCAUUUGAAGUGGACAGCCGAUGGCACUGGCGGCAACAAGCAGGGCAAGCUACUCGCGACAAGAAAUUACGACGAUGGCCAAUGCCACGAAGCCAUGUCAGCAGCCGGCGACCCCGUUGGCAUCUCAAAGUACCGCUUUCAAAACUUCAACAGCGGCGACGGUGGCUUGUCGUGCCAAACCGAUUUUCAGAUUCCUACGGAUAUCGCGGUAGGCAAGACGCUGACCGUGAUCUGGGUCUGGGACUGGCCGGUCAUGAGCGAAGCGGGAGUCGCUGUGACUCCGGCCUCCUACAACGCCAACUCGUCAACUUCGGGCAAGCCAUACGUGGUGUUACCUGAGCUGUACACGGGUGUCGUCGACUACAAGAUCGUGGACCCCUGCGACGACAGCCUGGGCAGUGUCAGGGGACCUACUUGCAAGGCAGCCAACGGCAAGUUCGUCGUGCAGUUCGCAAAGCAACCCAACAUCGCCGUGGCGGCGAUCAAGUCCCAUAUGAUGAACCCCUUCUUGGUCCAAGUUCCUCAGGCUGGCUUCGCCGUCUCUGAGGCGACGGCAGACCUGACCGACAUCCCUCUCGGCGCUCUAGUCGGGGUAAAGGACCCCAAACUGCCUCUGGACAAUUCAAUUCUAGCUGCCAACGCCAACGGGGGUGACUCGGCCAACAAGCCGCCCCCGCAACCGAGCCCCUCCCCGUCGCCAGCAGCCCCACCGCCGCCGGCUUCGUCCAAGGCGGCCUCGCCAACGCCAGCCUCGUCCAAAGCGGGCUCGUCACCAAAGCCUUCGUCAGCACCAUCUGCGUCGCCGAGGCCCGCCGACGACGACGAUGUCCUGACGGUGACGGUCACCGUCCCCGAGACGACCAUCUUCAUAACCAGCACCCGGACCCCG